AAUGUACAACCUGUCCAUCAGUCCCUACUACAUGACGGAGGAGGGUGAGGAGAGCCCGUUGAUCUGCUCGGCCCCCCGAGAGAACGGGAUGCUGCGCUGCCACGAUCUGCCGCCCCACACAGAGGGCGGGGCCGAGUGCUCGUUGGCCGCUCCCCAACACAGUUCAGCAAUGAUGGGAAUGGGCGGGGCCAGUGUGAACGGGUGUGUUAACUGGAACCAGUACUACAAUGUGUGUCGCCCCGGGGAGUUAAACCCUCACAAGGGAGCCGUCAACUUUGACAAUAUCGGCUACGCCUGGAUAGCCAUAUUCCAGGUCAUCACACUGGAAGGAUGGGUAGAUAUCAUGUACUAUGUCAUGGACGCUCACUCCUUCUACAAUUUUGUAUAUUUUAUACUGCUCAUUAUCGUGGGCUCUUUCUUCAUGAUCAACUUGUGCCUCGUGGUCAUCGCCACCCAGUUCUCGGAGACGAAGCAGAGGGAGAACGCCCUGAUGAGGGAACAGCGUGCUCGCUACAUGUCCAACGACUCCACGCUCGCCAGCUACAGCGAACCCGGCUCGUGCUACGAGGAGAUGCUACGCUACAUCAGCCACCUUUAUCGCAAGUUCUCACGCAGGCUGCAGAGGAUAUACUCCGGGUGGCACAGUAAAAGGCGUAAAAAGGUGAACCCUAACGGCGGCGGUGCGGGCAGUAACGGGGGGGGGAACGGACACGGCCACGGCUCCAGCAGAGGGGGCGGGGGUCCGGGGAACGCUCUGUGGCUCAGACCCAUCCACAACCUCCUGCAGCACCAUCAGCACCAGCACUGUCGCCUCAGCAACGGGGGGCAGCACACCACCAUCACCGUGGCGACCGCCGAGCACACGGACGGAGAAGGAGGGGAGGAGCUUGAGAUGAAGUCGCUUCCUGUGCGGAGAGGAAGUACAAACGGGAAUAGCAGCGGGGGGCCGUCGGUCAUCACGCAGGGGAUGGGGGCGUUGCUGGGGCGACUGAACGGGGGCAUGAACUACCCCACCAUCCUGCCCUCGUUUGUGUGCAGCUACAGCAGCAAGACCCCGCCCCCCCACUCCCAGCACCGGGGUCACAGCCCGGAGCAUCACCCCCAAAACCACCCGGCGUCUGAACACACAGAGACACUGAACAAGCUCUACCAGCUCAUGGGACAGCACAGUCGCCAGCGGCUGCUGUACCAGCUGGCGGGCGUGGUGCCCAGCCCUCUGCUGCUGGAGCUGCUCAGCUGCCCUCAGUGCGCCCGCAGCCUGGAGACCCUGGAGCUGGAGCUGGGAGACCUGGAGGGAGGCAGGGGGGAGCCGGACGGACUGCACGACUUCCCCCAGGGGGGAGAUCUGAGAAGCGGUCGAGGUCGGAGCAGACGGCGAGGGGUCAGGGAGUAUAAAAACGGAGUGGUCGGGGCCUGGGUCGGCUUCAGGGACAAACUGAAGAGGAUCGUGGAAAGUAAAUACUUCAACCGAGGGAUCAUGAUCGCCAUCCUCGUCAAUACCCUCAGCAUGGGGAUAGAGUACCAUAAGCAGCCCGAGGAGUUGACUGAUGUUUUGGAGAUCAGUAACAUCGUGUUCACCAGCAUGUUCGUCCUGGAGAUGGGUUUCAUGCUGCUGGCUUUUGGCUUGUUCGGAUACAUCAAGAACCCAUACAAUAUAUUCGACAGCGUCAUCGUGAUCAUCAGUGUGUGGGAGAUAAUCGGUCAAGCAGACGGGGGGUUGUCCGUCCUGCGAACAUUUCGUCUGCUGCGGGUUCUGAAGCUGGUCCGCUUCCUGCCCGCCCUGAGGAGACAGCUAGUGGUGCUGAUGAAGACCAUGGACAACGUGGCCACCUUCUGCAUGCUGCUGAUGCUCUUCAUCUUCACUUUCAGUAUACUGGGCAUGCAUCUGUUCGGCUGUAAGUUCAGUCACGAGAUGGAGAACGGAGACACCGUCCCCGACCGCAAGAACUUUGACUCUCUGCUGUGGGCCAUCGUCACCGUGUUCCAGAUUCUCACCCAGGAGGACUGGAACGUGGUGCUGUAUAACGGCAUGGCCUCCACCUCUCCGUGGGCGGCGCUCUACUUUGUCGCUCUCAUGACAUUUGGAAACUACGUGCUCUUCAACCUGCUUGUGGCCAUCUUGGUUGAAGGCUUCCAGGCCGAGGGUGAUGCUAAUCGGUCGGAGUCGGACGAUGAGAAGAAAUCAGAUAACUUUGAUGAUGACGAGAAGGUAUCCCAGCUCAGAGACUCUGAGCUUAAAAUGUACUCUCUAAUGAUGACAGCCAACGGUCAUGUUGACCCUCGCGGCUCCAUGGCUCCUCCAAUAAUCAUGCGCACUGCAGCCACGCCCAUGCCCACUCCCAAGAGCUCCCUGGGACCCGAGUCUGUCCUCGGGGACGACCUCAUGUACAGAGAGGGGGUGCCUCAGUAUGCCGAUGCAGGACUGGGCUUUUCAGACUCAGGAAGUGUUCAUGCAGACUCUCGCCGUGGAAGCGCCACCUCCAUGGACCCCAUAGCCUACGACCAGCAUUCUCUGAGCCUCUCGAGUCCCGGCCGGCGCUCCCCUCUUCCCCCCCGCUGGGGGAGCCGUCGCUCCAGCUGGAACAGUCUAGGAAGAGCGCCGAGCCUCAAGCGGCGAGACACCAGCGGCGAGAGGGAGAGCCUGCUGUCCGGCAAGGGGGGGGAGGAGGAAGAUGGCGGGGAGGACAAGGGGGAGGCCGAGGGAAACAACAGACUGCGGCCGGAGACCCUGGAGCUGCUGCAGGCGUCCACUCUCUGCCCCUCCAUCACAGCCGAGUACGCAGACUGCAACGGGAGGACCUUGAACUACGACCCCCCCCUCGUGAACCCCGACCCCAAGGAAGACCUCUCGCCUGAUGAUGAAAUAGAUGAGGACAGUUCUUUCUGGCUCUGGCUCACAAAAGAGCUUCAAAACAUGAAGCCCAGCUGGUGCAAAGAGCGUGACGACUGGAACCUGUAUGUGUUCUCUCCAGAGAGCAAAUUACGUCGCUGGUGCCAAAGUGUGAUCUCUCACAAAUUGUUCGACCAUGUGGUUCUUAUUUUCAUCUUCCUCAACUGCAUCACCAUUGCUCUGGAAAGGCCUGGUAUAAGUAUUGAAAGCAAGGAGCGAAAGUUUCUGAGUGUGUCCAACUACGUUUUCACUGUGAUCUUCCUGGCAGAGAUGGCCAUAAAGGUUUUAGCGCUGGGUUUCUGCUUCGGGAAGCAGACGUACCUCAAGUCCAGCUGGAACGUUCUGGAUGGUUUGUUGGUGUUUGUGUCUCUGGUGGACAUCCUGGUCUCUCUGGCCUACACUGGAGGAAACAGGAUCCUGGGCAUCCUCCGAGUCCUACGCCUGCUCCGAACACUACGCCCACUGAGGGUGAUCAGCCGAGCUCCGGGGCUGAAGUUGGUUGUGGAGACGCUCAUCACCUCGCUCAGACCCAUCGGGAACAUUGUCCUCAUCUGCUGCGCCUUCUUCAUUGUCUUUGGCAUCUUGGGGGUGCAGCUGUUCAAAGGCAAGUUCUACCACUGUGAAGGUCUGGACACAAAGAAUGUCACCAACAAGUCCGACUGUCUGCAGGCCAACUACCGCUGGAUCAGAAGGAAGUACAACUUUGACAACCUGGUUCAGGCUCUGAUGUCUUUGUUCGUGCUGUCCUGUAAGGACGGCUGGGUCAACAUCAUGUAUGACGGGCUGGAUGCAGUGGGAGUGGACCAACAGCCUGUUAGGAACAACAACCCCUGGAUGCUGCUCUAUUUCAUCUCCUUCCUGCUCAUCGUCAGCUUCUUCGUGCUCAACAUGUUUGUCGGCGUGGUGGUGGAGAACUUCCACAAGUGCCGCCAGGACCAGGAGGAGGAGGAGACUCGCUUACGGGAGGAGAAGAGGGUCAAAAUGAUAGAGAAAAAGCGCAGGAGUAAGGAGAAUGGAGGGGCUGAAGCCAAGCAGAGGCCGUACUAUGCGGACUACUCCCCCGUGCGUCUGUACAUCCACACGCUGUGCACCAGCCACUACCUGGACCUCUUCAUCACCUUCAUCAUCUGCAUCAACGUCUUCACCAUGAGCAUCGAGCACUACAAUCAGCCAAAGUAUUUAGAGGAGGUUCUGAAGUACUGUAACUACGUGUUCACCUGCAUCUUCGUCGUCGAGGCCCUGCUCAAACUUUCGGCAUUCGGCAUACAAAGGUUCUUCAAAGACAGGUGGAAUCAGCUGGAUAUAGCUAUAGUGGCGCUGUCCAUCGUGGGCAUCGCGCUGGAGGAGCUGAAGAUGAGCUCAGCGCUGCCUAUAAAUCCUACCAUCAUCAGAAUCAUGAGAGUACUCAGGAUAGCACGAGUGCUGAAGCUCCUGAAGAUGGCCACAGGGAUGAGAUCUCUGCUGGACACCGUCAUGCAGGCGCUGCCGCAGGUGGGAAAUCUCGGUCUCCUCUUCAUGCUGCUGUUCUUCAUCUACGCUGCGCUGGGAGUGGAGCUCUUUGGCAGACUGGAGUGCACUGAGGACAACCCAUGUGAGGGUCUGAGUCGACACGCCACCUUUGCGAACUUUGGGAUGGCCUUCCUCACUCUGUUUCGAGUUUCCACAGGAGACAACUGGAAUGGGAUUAUGAAAGACACGUUGAGGGAAUGUCAUCCAGAGGAACUAAACUGCCUUACCUACCUGCCUUUGAUCUCUCCGAUCUACUUUGUCACAUUUGUGCUGAUGGCGCAGUUUGUGCUGGUCAAUGUGGUGGUGGCUGUUCUGAUGAAACAUCUGGAGGAAAGCAACAAGGAAGCUAAAGAGGACGCAGAGAUGGAUGCAGAGAUCGCCUUGGAGAUGGCCAUGGAGAGGCAACGCAAAUUAAGCACAACUUCCCACAACAGCUCAGCGGCAGGAACCUACGUUGGGCCGUGUCCAAAUUCACCUGGAGAGGAGGAAGAGGAGGAGGUGCAGUACAUCGACCCGGACCUGCUGUCGUCAAGGAAGAUGUCUGUAUCCAGGAUGCACUCUCUGCCUAACGACAGCUACAUGUUCAGACCCGUGCGGCCCGCCAGCGCCCCCUUCCCUCUGGAGGAGAUAGAGCUCCGCCCCCAGCCCCAGCAUUCAGGCUCGGUGACGUCGGUCCACUCCCAGCCGUGUGAGGGUCGCGCUCUGCUGCAGGUACCGGACGCCUCCCCCGUUCACCCUCGGUCACCUCCCACCCUUACCCUUCCCCUUCCCCGCAUCGCCCCUCCCACGCCCAGCCCCUCCCCACGGGCCCUGCGCAGACAGGUGGCAGUGAAAGUAGAUUCUGUGGAGUGCCAGAGUUAUGAGCAACAGGAGAGACCCCACCCUGCUCCCCUGCCUCCCCUCUCUUCUCACCCGUCCUCCCUGCCUCCUCCUCCUCCUCCCUCCUCUCCCUCACCUCUUCCACCUUGCUCCCCUUCAGCCGUCCCCCUCCCUCCCCCCUCUCCCCUUCACCCUCUCCUGUCCUCCCCUCUCCCUCCUCCGCCGUCUUCCCCCUCGCUCCUGCUCCCUCCGCCCCCCUCCCCCCGCCUGCGGAGACCCCGGCAGCUCUCGGGCGUCUCCCUCUGCGACCCGGCGGACGAGGAGGUGUGUCACAUCACCAGCUCCGCCCGCCAGAGGUGGAGGGAGGAGGAGGGAGGGGGGGGUAAGGUGGGACGCAGCCACUCCCUCUCUCCUUACAUCGACUCCUCCUCCCCCCCCGCCCCCCCACUGCCUCCCUCCUCCUCCAGGAGCGCGCUCAGCCUCCUCGGGGCGGUGCUGACGGACUUCAGGAAGGGGUCGAGCGCGGACAACCACGGCUUCACGGACGAGCCGCCAUCUUUGUCGGCCGGUUACCCCGACGACCACCGCCGCCACUCCAUUGAGGUCUGCCUCCCGCAGGCCGUCAUCACCGGGGACGACCGCGACUUCACCCCCCGGUCCGGUCCGGCGUUCCCCGUGAGGGUGCAGUCGGUCGGGGGCGGCCACAGGAAGAAGAAGAUGAGUCCCCCUUGUAUAUCCAUCCACCCGCCUUCAGAGAGGGAACACCACCAAAUCGCCUCACCCCCUAAACUGUCUGACUGCAGCAUGAUGUUGAGACGCAGGACGCCUUCGUACGACCCGAUGCACACCCCCCUCACACCCAUCCACGUGCCGCUGCAAACACACUCGCCAACACACACUCUGACUCUGUCCCGGGCGUCCACUCCCACACACACCUACACCCCGUCUCACGCCUCCACGCCCUCACACAUCCCCAUCAGCCCCAACAUCUUCAUCCAGCCGCACGCACCUCUCGUCCCCAUGUCUUUCUCGCAGACCCUCUCCCCCGCUGCGAGGCAGGACUACAUCCCCCUCCCCCAGUUCACCUUCGACCAACCGCAGUCCAGAUACAUGAGCGGCCUGUCUCCCGGCCUGUCAGACGCCGACACGGCCACAUGCUCCUCCCCCUUCGACAACAGACUGGGGAGCGGUGCGGGAUUCAGUGCAAAGAAUCGUAGGACCGCCCAAUGAACGUCUGGGCUUUUGCCUUCAGGAAUUAUUUGGUCCUAAAUCUCUGAAGUCGGAGUAGAGCGUCCUCUCAGCAGAGAUUGGUGCUGGGGAGAAAUGAAGAGGGAGAUGGAUUAUUUGUUUUGCUUCGACAACUAGAAAAGGUUUAUUCUUUCCAGAGACGCUGGUACAGACCUAGAAUAACACACGGUGGAUUUAUUUUCCGGGACGCAGCUUGAAGGACAGCAGAUCCUCGGCGGCUGUACCGGUCUAACAGGACCCACUGUACAUGGUGUGUUUGGGACUAAUACUAAAAACACACCAGGACUAAAGCCACCUAACUCCGUAGCCAAAGUUUUUUUUUGACACACUGUCCCCACCCACGCGAGCCAAUCAGGAAGCAGCGUCUGGCUGACACCCUCUGACCUUACACAGGAAGUGGUUUUGUGAAAUGCGAGCGUUGGGGGGGGGAAUUGUGGGAUAUGCAACUUCAGGUUUUCUACAGAAGUUCUGCUUGCCCCUCCUCUGCUCCUCGAUCACAUUGAUCAGAGCAGAAGUGUGUGUGUGUGUGUGUGUGAGCGUGUCUGCGUUUUCCUAUGUGCGAGUAUCGUCAAAUCUGUUGUCAUGGAAGUCGGCCAUGUUGUUCUUACGCCUGCAACGAGAGAGAGGGGAAGCAGGGCAGAGCUGUAGUGUAUGUUUAUUUGUGUAUCUGUGCAGUGUAAAUAAAGGAAAAUACUGUAUUUGGUGAGAUUAAAAAUAGCUCUAUCCAUAUGCACAUAUUUUUAUAGAGAUCUAAAAUGUUUUUUGCACACACAUUUGAAUUUCAAGUUGCUUGUUUUUUCCUCUGUUGUCCUCUUGUGAAUGUAUGUUUUCCGUUUCAAAAUCCGGAGAGAAGCGAGGGAGAUCAACCCUCCUCUCAACGGGAGGUCGAGGAUUGGGAUUUUAUUUUUCUAUUUUUGAAAAAGAGAAAGAAGAGAACAGGGAUGUGUUUCUGUAGCUGUGUCUCAGAUUUCUGUGUAUUUGAUGUCUAGAUUACAGUCCUAAAGAGGCGGGCUCAGUGAUGCAAGCCAAAUUCAUUUAAAGAGGUUUUUCAGCCUUGACAUUUUGUGUACAUGUGUUGAGACCUAGCUUAGCCACAUCAAAAUAUAAAUGUGGCUCUUAUUCAAAAGUAUUUCCCUUGUAGUGAAGUAAAGCAUUAUAUCCAACACACAAACUAAAUGAUUUACUUCAGUGUAUUUAUUUGUUCAGAUAAAGUAUACAACUGACUUCUUACCUAAAGGAACAUUUAAAACACUAACAAAAUCCAGUAUUAUCCACUUUAGAAUCCUUAGAAAGUCGUCUCUGAGCCCCCCCCCUUCUGCAGCUGUUUUCAUGCUGGAUACACCAGUUAGUGUUUCUGUGCAUCAAAAGACAACCAAACUAACUUAUUAAAUAUGUGUAGCCAGAGUGCAAUAAUAAUAUAUACUUGUGGAGAAUAUAGUGACAUCCACAACAUAAAAAACAACCACACUCUCGUGUUAGUACAUACUGUAGAACUACUAUAUAAUAUAAACCCAUUUUUCUAUGAUUGAGAGUAUUUAUAUCCGUAGUGUUACUGUAGGUACUAGCCCCCUGGGUGGGGCUGUAAGCAGUGUUAGGUACUGUAGAUUUAUUUAAAAAAGCUCCAGCCCACCAUAUGUUGGCGUUACUGUAAACAGAAGGGAGGACUCUCAUUUACACCCCUCAAUUUUAUUUCCCCCAUUAGAUCGUAAUAAGACAACACCAACCUACAUGUCAUGCAUCCCCUAUGGUGUGAACGAACAGCAUCGUCCUUCCAGUGCGUGAUUGUUUUCCUGCCGAGCCAUACCUUUAUUACGACACAGCACAAUAUGUAUUUAAGUCUAUUUUGUGCACAGUCUGGUUAGGCACAGGUACAUAAAGAAGCAUGCUUGUAAACUACUCAUUUACUACUGAUUCCUCUUUUUAAAGGCAGCUGGCCGGGUGGCGUCUUUAUUUAUUUGUGAUCAGCUUGUAAGAUGCACAACUCCUCAGUGAUUUGAGUGGAAACCAAAGUGCUUUGAUGCUGCACCGUCAUCACCACAGGCCCAUUGUUCAAAUACUUACAUUGUAUUCAUGUAUAUGUAUUGGCAACCAAAUUGUGUUUAAUUGAUUAGCAGAUUAACAACUGAUAUUGGUACAAACUCGUAUUUAAGCCUUUGAGUUUAUUGACAUGUCAUAUAUCUUUGUGGGAAUUCAGUUAAAUAAAAGGACAGAUCUUGUUAUGGUGAUUUGUCCGAUUCAAAUUGGCUGAAAAUAGCAUUAAAAGGCUGUAGAAAAAAUCCCUUAUAAACAUUAGAUCAGAUUAUGCUUCUCCUUCAACAUCCGCAUCACCUUUAAAUCUCCCAAGCAGUACGCAUGUAAAAGAAAAAAGAAGAAACUUGUUUAUGUUAGCUUCAGCUUACGACACAUCUUGACCUGUGUGUACUACAGCGUGGUGCUUUGUUGUCAUCAUUUCAAAGUUCGAUAAAGUUUGGUUUCUCGCAAACACAGAAUGAAAAGCUCUUGGACAAUAAAAUCACAGUUAUAAAAAAAGGUUGCUGCUUGUGAACGCAGCUUGUUAAUCUUUUGAUAGCGCUAUUCUUCCAGUUCUGAGAUGUUGUCCUCCCUCCUGUACAUGGCACAGUUGGUCGUCCCCUGGUUUGAAAAUGUAUGUGGUCGAUCACACUGUUACUGUGCAACCGCUUUGUCCUGUUUUGUGUCCUCUUCCUGGACAGAUUGUCAGCAAUGAGAUGUUUUAAGUAGUCUGAAGACGGCCUCUUUCUGUCCCACUCUUAUUUAACUUAGUGCAGACCACCCCGAUCUACAGCGUAUCGCCAUAUUAAUCGACACAGUUUGGUAGAGUGACUGCAUAAUUGUUCUUACAGAUCUUUGGAUCUCAGUAUUUAAAUCCUGUUUUUGAGGAAACAGUUUUGACUAUUGCAUGUUCUGAUUUACGAAAAAAAAAAUCUUUUGGGAAAGAAUCAUCUGGAUGUUUUAGAGAUUUUGAUAUUUGCAUUUUCAGAUGUUUCCAUUUGUAGAUUGACUACCUAAUUGCACUGGGCUGAUUAAAUGACCCUAUUCUUUAUUGUCCAAUGCAAUAGGUGGUUAUUUGCUGUAUGAGGACAGAGCUUGUCUUUAUACAGUUUUUUAGAGAGACAUGGAAACAUAGCUGGUUCUAUUUUUGUUCAGAACCGACGUUAUUUAAUGUUGAGGUGAACCUUUUUUCACUGUUUUCUCCUGAUACUCUAAAUGCUAGAACUCUAGUGAUGGUGAAGCUAAUUAACUGAUAUAUAUAUACAUAUAUAUAUAUAUAUAUAUAUUUGAUGUAGGGGUAGCCUCCGCCCUGAGAUAAGGAUACAGAUGACUCGUGUUCUCUGGGUGACACUGAGCUGCUCCGGCUCCCAAAAAGUUCAAACUGACAGAACUUGACUUUGACGAAUCAGAAGCCUUGUGUUUUUCUUUCUUUAUUUUUACAACCCUUAAGUGAUUGCCCCCAGACACCCCCAAACCCCCCCAAGCCUUACAAGGAGGGGAGGAGGUGUGUUUUAUCUGUCAGAGGAGAGUGUCUGCAAUAAUAAGCCCUCCAUUAGAAGGGAGGGGACAGGGGAGGAGUUUUAAAGGCUCGACACACAGUCGGACUCUGCAUUGUAUCGUUGCUGAUUAUUGUGUGAUGACCAACCGUUGUCCUGAAGGAUGUUUCCCUGUCAAUUAAAAAAUACAAGAUUUUUUUAUUCCUGA